AACGUUGCACGGAAAACAAGCAAUAUUGUACGGCGAAGCAACAAUGUUCCAUGGAAAACAUAGUAUUUUGCACGGAAAUAUUAAAUGUUCCAUGGAAAACAUAGUAUUUUGCACGGAAAUAUGAAAUGUUCCAUGGAAAACAUAGUAUUUUGCGUGGAAAUAUUAAAUGUUCAAUGAAAAACAUAAUAUUUUGCAUGGAAGUAUUGUGUCCCUUAUGGGCCACCGUAAUAUGGCGUAUGGUGCAAAGAAAAAUUGAUUCCUUCUGUGUUCUAACUCAAUCACUAAACUUGUAAGAUACAGGGCCAGGACUCAAGUGAUUUUGACUUUGUUAACGAUGCCUGGAAUCAAGAUCCGUGAUGAAGAUCAAGAAAAAAUCCCAGCGAAGUAUAUUUGUACUUACUGUCAUCACCUUCUCAUAAAUCCAAUGCAGACCUCGUGUGGACAUUUGUUUUGUAAAUCUUGUAUGGACAUUAUUCUUGGAAAUCCUGAUCCAAAAUGUCCUGAAGAUAAAGAAAAUUUGACCAAGGAAAACGUUUUCCUGGAUGCUUUCACGAAGCGUGAAUUAAAAAGGAUUCAAUUACACUGUCCAUCUGAAGCGUGUAAAUGGUUUGGUACACACGAAGAAUUGGAGGGUCAUUCUCAAGUUUGUAAGCAUGCGCUCAUCAGCUGUAUACAUAAACAGUGUAACAUUCAGCUACCUCGCUCUCUCCUUGACGAACAUUUGAAGAAUGAAUGUGAAUAUCGAAAUGUAAAAUGUGAAUAUUGUGGUAAAGAUGUCCCGUAUGCUUCACUUAAGGAUCACAAAGAAAAUGUAUGUGGAUAUUAUCCCGUGAUUUGUAAAUAUUGCAAUCAAAUAAUACCGAAGAAAGAUACUGAACACCAUGAAAAGACGACUUGUAAUGAAGUGCCGACAAAAUGUGAAUUUCAAGCCAUUGGAUGCAGUUAUGACAAAACUUUAAAACGAAAGGAGAUCCGUCAACAUAUGAAUGACAAUAUAAUUGAUCACGUGAGCGCCUUGUUGCGAUAUGUUAUGGCAUUUGUUACACAGUUAAGUAACUAUACACCGCGUCCAGAGUUUACCACUGCUAUUCAAAACCUGGGCGACCGAAUCACUGCUGUUCGUGCGAUUCUUUCAGACAAAUUUUUGAUGUUGGUUGGAAAACUUACAGGCUUAGAAAGGAGAAUUGAGAGUCUAGAAAGUCGUUAUGGGAGCAAUAAUAAUAACACUCAAUUGUCUGUAGAUGGUUCCUCGAUGCGUGAAAGGAUUGAAACCCUCGAGCGGCAAGCAAGAGAUAAUUCAUUCAUUAUGGUACAGUUUUACGAGCGUUUCGACCAUAUUGACGAAUCAUUUGCGCGAAUUCAAGGCAUGGCUGACCAAGUCCCUACUUUUUUUGUCAAUCUCUUUGAAAAAGUGGAAAUUUUGGAGCGUGAAGUGAGAGCUAAUACAUCUACUAUACAAUGGACUAGCGAGCGUUUGGACGAGGUAGACGAGUUACGUGUGCAAAACCCGGUUAUGGGAGCCCAAAAUGAGGCACGCGAACUUUGAUGAAAUCAUGCAAAGCAAUUAUUGCUAUUUUUAGUAAUUACUUGCCAAUUAUUAUUAUUUUUAUAAAUGAUUUUUAUUCUAUUCAGUUUCAUACUUUAGUAAUUUUGAAGAAUGUUCAUUGCAUUGUAAAUGCAAUUUAACAUGCAGCUUUGAUAUAGCAAGAUCAUAAAAUGAUGUCCAUUUAUUUGUAAUUUAUAUUACUGUAAGUUUUAUCUGAAAACUCCAUACAUAAAUAAAGAGUCUGUGAAGAGCUACCGUUUCUAUGUUCUGUAAGUACAAUUAAAUAAAUAAAAAGAAAUUUGCUAAUUAAAUGUAGCGUAAGG